ACAAAAUACGGAUACGGACGGAGAAAAUCGGCCCAAUAGAACAGGCGCGCCAGAUAAGAGGGAGAAACGCUCGUUCCUUGUAAAAGAAGAAGAUUUGGCCGGUCAAACUCAUACAUCAUCGUCAAGUCGUCGUACGGGUCGCGCACGGUAAGCCUCUCCAUGCUCCAUUCAGCUCGCUAGAAGAAGAUAAGUCUGUUAGAAAUCCAGGUUUAAAUCGACUAGCAAAAUUCUUGGUUCCCCUUCAGAAUUUCGCCAUUUUCGUCUUCUUUUGCUGCUUGUCAAGAUUUUCGCAAUCUCUAGCACUCUCCCAGAUCCUAACUUAGCUGCAACCGGUAUGGCUGGUCAAAGGAGUAGUCAUGGGAAACGUUCUUAUUCUCAGUCUGAAUAUGCUGAUAAUGGAGCAAAUAAAAGAAGGAAUUCUGGUGGUGGUAAGGACCAUUUGUCAAUUGAACCUGAGGAUACGGUGUAUCGGUACUUGUGUCCUGGAAAAAAGAUAGGAAGUAUACUUGGAAGGGGAGGGGAGAUAGUGAAGCAAUUAAGGGCAGAGACUAAAUCGAAGAUCAGGAUUGGUGAGACGGUUCGUGAUUGUGAUGAGCGGGUUGUCACUAUCUACAGCUCAAGCGAGGAAACAAAUGAUUUUGAGGACACUGAAGAUCAAGUGUGUCCAGCACAAGAUGCCCUCUUCAAGGUCCAUGACAGAAUUGUUGGUGAUGACAUGGUAAUUGAGGACUCUGAGGAUGCUCCGCGUGUGACUGCUAGGCUGUUGGUACCCUCGGAUCAGAUUGGAUGUAUUAUUGGGAAAGGUGGACAGAUAGUUCAGGAUCUUCGUAGUGAAACUGGUGCACAGAUUCGCAUCUUAAAGGAUAACCAUUUACCUGCAUGUGCACUAAGCUCUGAUGAACUUGUGCAGAUAUCUGGUGAAGCACAUGUUGUGAGGAAGGCUCUGUAUCAGAUAGCAGCUCGCAUUCACAAUAACCCAUCCCGUUCUCAACACUUGUUUGCCUCUGCUGCUUCAACAGUCUACCCUUCAGGUGGUUCUUUUACUGGUGCUCCUGGUGCUCCACUGGUGGGAUUAGCUCCACUCAUGGGGCCUUAUGGGGGUUACAAAGGUGAUGGCGGAGAAUGGUCACGACCUCUUUACGCAACUCCCAGGGAUCAGACAUCCUCAAAAGAGUUUUCUCUGUGUCUGGUUUGUCCCAAUGCGAAUAUUGGAGGUGUAAUUGGCAAGGGUGGUGUCAUAAUUAACCAGAUUAGACAAGAGUCUGGUGCAGGUAUCAAAGUUGAUAGCUCUACUGCUGAAGGAGACGAGUGUCUGAUAACUAUUUCAGCAAAAGAAUUUUUUGAGGAUUCAUACUCUCCAACAGUAGAUGCAGCACUGCGCCUGCAACCCAGGUGUAGUGAGAAAGUUGAAAGAGAUUCAGGUCUUAUUUCAUUCACCACCCGCUUGCUUGUACCUACCUCUCGUAUAGGCUGUCUUCUUGGAAAGGGAGGAUCAAUAAUCAAUGAGAUGAGGAAAGUGACUAAAGCUAACAUUCGCAUACUUUCAAAGGAAAACCUUCCCAAGGUUGCAGCUGAAGAUGAUGAGAUGGUGCUGAUUUCUGGAGAUAUUGAUGUUUCAAAGGAUGCGCUCUUACAAGUAACUUCACGCCUGAGGGCAAAUCUUUUUGGGAGGGAAGGUGCUGUAUCUGCCUUUGUGCCUGUUCUUCCAUAUCUUCCAAUGUCAACUGAUACUUCAAAUACCUAUGAAAGCAAAGAUGCUAGAAGGCAUGGACUUGGACAUUCUUAUCCUGGUGAUUAUGGUGGCUUGAGUGAUCUCCCACGCAGUGAUGGUUACAGACGUUAUGGUGGUCAUCUGACUAGCAGCAACAGGCAUGGAGCAUAUGAAGGACAACCACUGGGUCGUUCUGGUGGUUCUGGGUUGUCUGGAUCUAAGCAUGAACCCCGGAGAAAAAGUUAUGGUUACUAAAGUUUUCUUGCCUGAUGUUCAGCUGCAUAUCUGAAGCCCGAAGCCCAGCCUACUCUGCCCCCUUUGAUGAAGCCUUCUGCCUAAACCAGAAGACCAGAUGAAUGAGGAUUCGGAAAACUCAUGGACCCAUCUUGAUGCUUUUGCUUAGAAGGGCCAAUUUCUGAAGAUUUUACUCCAUACCUAUUAUUGAAAAUUUGCCAUGUCCCGAGACUACCAUACAGUACCAAGCUCUGCUCCCAUUAUCCUAUGCAACUAGCAAACCUCUGUAUACUCUUACAUGUUACCCGCGUUUCUUUUUGUUUUUUAAGAUCAUAAUGUUUUCAUUUGUGAAGAGUUACUGUUAAUUGAAUCUAUUUAGUUGCCUAACUUGUCUGCUAUCUUGUC